AUGACGUUCUGCAACGUUGACUUGGGAACCGAGCAGCAAAUCAGCUUCCUAGUCAAGAAAUGGCUCCGCCGUUCUCGUCCUAUGAAUUUGGCUGCCGUGCUCGAGAAAUUGAAUGCUGAGCUCGGAGGGGUCUUGUACCGUGAGCAAGUACUCCAUAUUUUACACACUUCCUCCAAGCAUGGCAUCCCUCGAUUUGCCGUGGAUGGGGGGAUGGUGGACCUAAUGCAGACAACAGGCCGGCCACUUCAUGGCCAUUUUACGUCCGAUGGACAGAAACAAAUCAGUGUAGCUACAAAAAAGAUGCUCGUGCGUUCCGGCAAGCCGAUGAGCUUGCAAGAGGUCAUCUCGGUAUUACAGGGAAGCCUGAAGUGUAUCAUCGGCCGUGAAGAAGUGCUUCAAGCCUUACAAACUUCAGCCAAGCAAGGAGUUCCUCGCUUCCAGAUAGCUGGUGAUGUGGUCACCUUGGUGCAACAAUUGAAACGUUCGUUCUCGCAUCAGCGGGAAGCGUCCAAAGAACUGUCAAGGUUCCUGCGCCAGGAUGACUUCAAUAUGCGCCCUUGGCACCAGGUCAUGGGCCUCCAGCAGUUCGAAGGAAAUGGAGAGUUGCUGAACAGCAUUGUGGCGACAGAAUGCCAUGGCGAUGGCCGUCGACGGUUUGAGGUGCGCCGGGCACAUUCCAGAGAUUGGGUCUUCGCCACCGAAUCGGUCAAACGAUACGUGCAGCAGGAAAAGUUGAAGAAACGCCUCGUCGCGGCCAUCCAUCAUCUUGAUGCGCAGGUUGGAGGAAGGGAAAAGAAGCACCUGGACGAGUCACGUGAUAUGGAGCUCGUCUCCAUGCUUGGGCAAGCGAUGCGCGAAUGGAUUUGCGGACCAGGUUGGCUUCCCUGCUUUGAUCAUACGAUGAAGGUGGAUGAGGUGCCUGGAAUCAUGACACGCGUGCACUUGUUCGAGGGCCACGGCAUCCAAGUGAGACUGCACUUGUUUACGGAUCCGGGAGAGACCUACAUACAUAAUCACAGGUCAAACUUUUUCAGCUUCUGUCUUCGUGGGAAAUAUCGACACAGGAUAUGGGGGACGGGUGCUGGUUUCGGUGAGCAUUUGGAUGGUGAGCAUGUCGUCAUCAACCGCACACAAGAUCCGGGCUUCAACAAACCCUUCACGAGACCAGGGCAGUUGUCCUGUAUCUUUACGCACGAGCACCUGACAUCUGCCUGCUACUUCCUGCCCGCCGAGACUCCACACACCGUCCAACCGCAGAAGGAGGGAACUCAAGUGGCACCCGUCUUGACUAUCUACAUCAAGGACACAGUGGGAAGCACAGACACAUUCGUGAGAGUGGCUGCAGUCACAGACCUUCCUGACCAGCACCAGCAAACUGAAGACCGACCCCUUGAUGGACUGGAGAUGCUCGAAAGGCUGCAGAGGAUUCAUGAGUUAACAUGCCUGGCUCCAGCACAUGGCAUUUAG